AUGGAAGAUAUAAUUAUAUCACUUGAACCAGCAUUUCAUCGUAUUGAAAGAUUUUUAUUAUGGCAUAAUCGAUAUGCAAGUUUAAUUGCAUUUAUUCUUGGUCAUGCUAUGUUUUAUGCUAUAGCACGUGCUGGUUUACGACCAUUUUGUGCUAUUACUAUUGUUUUAAUUAUACUUCAUAUACUUGAUUGUAUAAAAAAGAAACGAUUAGUUGAUGAAGAAAAAAAUCUAUCUGAAUUAACACAACUUGUUUUACGUUCAUAUAGACAUACAUGUCAAACACAUGAAAAAUUAAAUAUAAUUAAAACAGAAAAUCGAACAAAAUAUUCAUUUAUUAUUAUUAUUGUUUGUCUUAUACUUGCAUAUAUUGGUGUAAAACUACAUGGAUUCUAUGUAUCAUAUAUAGUUAUGUUAAUAUUAUUUACAUUACCAGCUAUUGUUUAUCAUAAAUUAAUACCAAAAUUACUUAAACGCGUAGCUCCAGUACUUGAACAACUUGAUCAAUCGAUGGAAUUUAAACGACGUUCAUUAAUUAAUCGUAACGAUCUAUUAGUUAAAAUAAAAACUCCAGGUUCAAAUGAAGAUGAUGAUGAUGAAGUUGUUCAAAAACUUAAAGAACAACAGAAAGAAAAAAUCGAGACAAAAAGACGUUCAACAAUCGUAAAUGAUCGUGAUGACGAUGAUGAUGAUGAUGAAGAAAAUGAAAAGAAAUUAAUCUCAAUACAUAAUCAAAAUAAAACAUUAUCUAGUUCACAUCUUCCAAAACACCGUGAAACAAGUUUUGAUAUGCUUAGUGAUUCAUCAUCGACAGCUGAUGAUGAAAAUGCUCAUAUAAAUGAAUUAUAUGCUAAUAUUGGUAAUAAAAUUGAUGGUAAACAUCGUAUUAAAAUAAAAGGCGAUGAGAUUAAAAUCAAAGGUUAUAUGAAUAAACAACGAUCAAAAUUAGUAAAUACAAUUGUUUAUCAAUCUGGUAAUACAGAUGUGAAUAAUGGACGAAAUUCAAUGGGUGAACCAGAUUUAACAAGUUUUGAUUUUCUCAAUGAUUAUGAUGACAAAUCUUAA